AUGUCACUGCGCUGCCCCUACAGGACACAGAUGUCACUGCGCUGCCCCUACAGGACACAGAUGUCACUGCGCUGCCCCUACAGGACACAGAUGUCACUGCGCUGCCCCUACAGGACACAGAUGUCACUGCGCUGCCCUUACAGGACACAGAUGUUACUGCGCUGCCCCUACAGGACACACAGAUGUCACUGCGCUGCCCCUACAGGACACAGAUGUCACUGCGCUGCCCCUACAGGCACACAGAUGUCACUGCGCUGCCCCUACAGGACACAGAUGUCACUGCGCUGCCCCUACAGGACACAGAUGUCACUGCGCUGCCCCUACAGGACACAGAUGUCACUGCGCUGCCCCUACAGGACACAGAUGUCACUGCGCUGCCCCUACAGGCACACAGAUGUCACUGCGCUGCCCCUACAGGACACAGAUGUCACUGCGCUGCCCCUACAGGACACAGAUGUCACUGCGCUGCCCCUACAGGACACAGAUGUCACUGCGCUGCCCCUACAGGACACAGAUGUCACUGCGCUGCCCCUACAGGACACAGAUGUCACUGCGCUGCCCCUACAGGACACAGAUGUCACUGCGCUGCCCCUACAGGACACAGAUGUCACUGCGCUGCCCCUACAGGACACAGAUGUUACUGCGCUGCCCCUACAGGCACACAGAUGUCACUGCGCUGCCCCUACAGGACACAGAUGUGCGCUGCCCCUACAGGACACAGAUGUUACUGCGCUGCCCCUACAGGCACACAGAUGUCACUGCGCUGCCCCUACAGGACACAGAUGUGCGCUGCCCCUACAGGACACAGAUGUCACUGCGCUGCCCCUACAGGACACAGAUGUUACUGAUGUUAACGCUUCUGUUGGAAUGGCGUGGAUCUGGACUCUGACGCUGCGUUCUCGCCGCAGGAUUCACAUCUGA